CAUUCCCUCGUGGCCUCCUCAAGUCCUCUCACCUUUCGUUUUAACCAAGUUUACCAAAACACGUUCUCUUUUCUUCCCUUCCUAAUCAUUUACACUUUCAACUUUCACCAUGGAUCCUUAAACUCAGUUUCUUAGACACACGAAAAGACACAGAGAUGGCAAAGUUCACCACCCGGUUAGAUAAUAACUUCUGUUUUCUUUCUCAUAAUACCAGCACUUCCCAAAGUUCAAUCCUUUUAAACAGAACUUCACGGAAGAAUCUUCAGUUGCAGUUAAGUCCUUCAAAGCAUCGAUUGAAUUUCGAAGUUUUAUGUAGUAUCAAGGAGAAAGAGAAUGUUAAAGGCGAGAUAGAAAAGGUUGGUGGUGGUGCUAGCAGUGGCGGGUUAGUAAAUGGGGUACGUGUUGAGGAACUGGAUAGAAAGACAGGUUUGGGUCGGGAGAAUGCGUCUAAAGAAGCUGGUUUUGAUUUGGUUUGGCCUCCAUGGAAGAAUAUUCCUCAGAGAUAUAAGCUGAUUGGUACCACUUCACUUGCCUUUGUUAUUUGCAACAUGGAUAAGGUGAACUUGAGUGUUGCUAUAAUUCCAAUGUCACAUCAAUUCGGGUGGAAUUCAUCAGUAGCUGGAGUAGUGCAAUCAUCGUUCUUCUGGGGUUAUGCAUUGAGUCAAUUGCCCGGGGGUUGGCUUUCGAAGCUUUUUGGUGGAAGAAAAGUUCUUGAGAUUGGAGUACUGGCUUGGUCCUUGGCUACAGCACUUGUUCCUAUUCUAGCUGGAUUCAUGCCUGGACUACUUUUGUCUAGGGUUUUGGUAGGGAUAGGAGAAGGUGUUUCUCCGUCAGCUGCAACAGACCUUAUUGCCAGGUCAAUACCUUUGGAAGAGCGGUCCAGGGCUGUAUCAUUUGUCUUUGGUGGGUUAAGUGUAGGAAGUGUUACAGGGCUUCUUGUAGCUCCGACGCUCAUCCAAAACCUUGGGUGGGAAUCCGUAUUUUAUUUAUUUGGCUUUCUGGGGAUAUGGUGGUAUUUGGGAUUUCAUUUUCUUGGAGAAGGGCGAGCUUCAGAUGCAGUUGAAGUUGAGCAUGUUGCACCAUUGCAAUCUGCUAAUCUGCACAAGUUGUGGAAUAAUUCUCUAGAAGAAUUAGCUGAGACAAAAACUUCAUGGAGUAACACCCAAGAAGAGUUGCGAGCCUCACUGAAGGAUGUACCAUGGAAGGCUUUUUUCCGACUUCCAGCUGUAUGGGCUAUGAUAUAUGCUCAUUUUUGCGGGAGUUGGGGUCAUUAUACUUGUUUAUCUUGGCUUCCUACCUUUUUCAGUGAGGAGCUGAAUCUGAACUUGAGAGAAGCUGCAUGGGUUUCUAUCCUUCCUCCCCUGGCUUCCGUUUUUGUGACAAGCAUAGCUGCACAGUUUUCUGACAAUUUAAUUGCAAAUGGAGUUGAGACCACUACGGUGAGAAAGAUCUGCCAGGCAAUUUCCUUUUUGUCUCCUGCUACUUGCAUGAUUCUAUCUUCUCUAGAUCUAGGACUGCAACCAUGGGAAAUUGUGGGGAUUCUCUCCUGUGGACUAGCUCUCUCCAGUUUUGCCUUGUCAGGGCUUUAUUGUACACAUCAAGAUAUAUCACCUGAAUAUGCAAGUAUACUUUUGGUAUGGUAUUACCAACACUGUCGGAGCAGUGCCUGGAAUUGUAGGUGUUGCCCUUACUGGUUUUCUUCUAGAUUCAACUCAUUCAUGGAGUAUGUCAUUAUUUGCACCAUCCAUAUUCUUCUACUUGACUGGUACCAUUGUCUGGUUGGCUUUCGCUAGCAGUAAGCCUCAAAGCUUUUCAGAAAGUGAUUGACCUCGUUUCUGCGCCUUACAUUGUUUCUCCCAGUUGAAGCAUCCAAACAAUAUACAGUGUUUGAGGUAUCCCAAAUUGACCCUCCACUGUGCCCAAGUAGAAUUCGACCAUGUUCAAUGUUUAUUAUAGUAGGUAGUUUGUUCAUAUAGAUAUACCUGCAUAGAAAACAUACAUGUAUGAUUAAAACUUCAAUUUUCUUCAUAUAAUUUGUAAAUCCAGGUAACGGUUUUGGCCA